CUUCACUCCUCUACACGGUGUCGAGUUACAUCCUCCUCUCUGCUGCAGUGGGACUGGACACGCCCACGGUGGCUCCGCCCCGACAGAGAGAGUCCCGCCUCUGCGGCUGAACUCACCUGUGAAAUCUUGUCCGGCAACAGCAGUCGCUCACACCACCAGGGUCGAAUCCCGAGCAAGCAUCCGAAGAGGAGAUCUACUGAAGAACACAGCUCGAUCAUGGCCUCCACCCUCUCCGUGCGCAGCUACUCCGUCCGCCAGCCCUCCUUCUCCAGCAUGUCGGUGAGGGACAGCGGACGCAGCAUCCACUCCAAGUCGCCCGUGCCACCUCUGUCCAGCACCCUGUGUCUGUCCCGCUCCGUCUCCAUGGGCAAUGGGCUCAACAUGCCGGGCUCCGGCCUCUCCUUCAACGGCCUCGGCGGCAGCGCGAGCGACAAGGAAACCAUGCAGGGCCUGAACGACCGGCUGGCCAACUACCUCGACAAGGUGCGCUCGCUGGAGAGGUCCAACGCUGAGCUGGAGGUGCGGAUCAAACAGCUCAUGCUGGAGAAGGCUCCAAAGGGACAUGACAUCGAGGGGAUGAUGGCCCAGGCACACGCCAUCGGGCAGGAGGUGAGAAAGAAGACGCUGGAGAACGCCCGCAUCAUGCUGGAGAUUGAUAAUGCCAAGCUGGCAGCCGAUGACUUCAGGGUCAAAUGGGAGGCGGAGGCGGCCUUGUGCCAGUCGGUGGAGAGGGACUGUCAGGCUCUGCGGAGAGCAAAGUCUGACCACGACCAGCUCAUCGGCACCCUGCGGGGAGACCUGGACAGCCUGAAGGAGGAGCUCUACUUCCUCAAGAAGAAUCACGACGAGGAGAAGAGCUCCCUGAAGGCACGUCUGACCAACGAGCAGGUGACCGUCGAGGUGGAUGCGGCCCAGAGUCCCGAUCUCGGGGCCACAAUGGCCGAGCUGAGGGUCCAGUACGAGGGCAUCACCCGCAAGAACAAGGAGGAGGCUGAGACCUGGUACCUCAAGAAGUUGGAAGCAGUGCAGUCUGAGGUCAAAGAAAGCAACGAGGCUCUGCGUUGUGCCCAAAGUGAGCUCAGCGAGAGACGACGCUUCCUGCAGGCUCUGGAGGUCGAGCUCGACAGUCUUCGCAAACAGGUCGGUGUGCUGGAGGGAAACCUGGGCGACACCGGGCACAAGUACUCCGUGGAGAUGGACCGCCUCCAGGUGUCGCUGUCCCAGCUGGAGGAUGAGCUGUCUCAGCUGCGCUUGGACAUGCAACGCAACAAGACCGACUACGAACAGCUGCUGCGCAUCAAGCAGAACUUGGAGAUGGAGAUCGCCACCUACAGGAGGCUGCUGGAAGGAGAGGAGAUGGUGAAAGAAAUACCUCCGCCUCCUAAAAAAGAGCCUGAAGUAAGGACCAGGAAGAUUGUUAAAGUCGUUACUCAGACCAUGAUCAACGGUAAAGUGGUGGAUGAGUCCAGCGAGGUGGAGCAGAUUGAAGAACGCAAAAAAUGAGCCAGUGUGUGUGUGUGUGUGUGUGUGUGUGUGUGUGUGUGUGUGUGCAGAGAAGGAGCAGUAAUGUCUGGUGAACCCAAAGAGCCCGCUGACAGAUAUCAACUUCAUCUCACAGUCAGAGAUUGUUCGAGGACUGUUUGUGUUUUUGUUUCGGUCGAACUACGGUUUUCAAGGUCAAGAAUGAGAGAAGCAAUUUUGGUUUCUAAGUUUGCCAUUUUGGUAAAUACACCCUUUUUUGGCUUUCUUGCCAAGAUUGAGAUGAGACGAUUGAUACUAUUCCCAUGGCUGUCAGACAACAACUAGCAACUAGCUCUUGGCAAUAAAGCCUUUCCAUUAUUACUAUCAGGAGGUUUUUUAAAAGGUUACAAUAAAUGUCAUUUGUAAUGAAUGUAAUGUUAUUAAUUAUUUUCAAAUGUGUCUUUAGUCCUAACAAAAGCUUUGUAGAAAGUGUCUCGAUCUUGCAACUGUAUUUCGUUUGGCUGUAAGAAGGAUGAUGGGAGAAUUUCUAACCUUGUCUUAGAAAUAAGCAGAUCAACCAAAGCAGCUGUACAGCGUCAAUAAAACAG